UGCAAUUUGAUUGAGCAACAGCAACAACUUCAGUUGUGCAUGUUAGUUAGCUGUACGUGCACAGUAAUGAGUAGUGGGGAGCCGGCGAACCGCCACUUUACCAGAAUAGGUUGAUAAAACAGAAUUAGCUGUCUGACAUGUGAACUUCAGCUGUGAUAUGAACUUUGUUUUAUCGCCAUGUCUCACAGAAAGCGUAAAAAGUAUCCCAGGGAUCUGCAGUGUGUCCUUUUCCCGGAUGAUGUCAUUGACGGUGCUCCACGUAUGAAGAGAGAGCCUUCAUCUCUGUCAUCAGGUUCUUCAGCCAAGAGCUGGGAGAAAUGUGGUGGCAGCUUUCUGGAGUCUCCUGUAGUAAAGAACCUCAAGUCAUCAGGAAGAACUCUGUCUGCAAUACGAAAGUUGUCACCUGCUUUAGUGCAGACCAGUGGCCUUCAAUGCAAUGAAGACCCGGUGCAGAUCACAUGGAGCUCCAGUGACGGUGAACAGUCUGACACUGAGACACAGAAGCAGCAUCUGACCAGAGUUAGUGCACUGCAACAACGUCCUCAUCGACCCUCGGCUCCCAUUCGGUCUUACACCAGAGAACCAUGCCUACUCAGCUCUGAUAAAGACGACCUCCCUGUUAUAGACUCGGACAGUAAUCUGGACGAGUCUGACAAGGACGCUAAAGAGGACAGUGGACAACAAAUAUCUGACUGUGAAUCCGAAUCCUCUGAUGGACAGAAGAAAUUGAUUCCCAAAUCAACAAAUGUGGCAGAGCUGGAGAUCUCAGGCUAUGUGUCUGAUGGGGAAAACAUUGGUGACUCAGUGACCCCAAGCAGGCUGGACUCUGAGAGCUUUCCUCUCCAAACUGUUGAGGGCAGCAGAAGGUCAGUCAGUGACUGGGUCAGAUCUGCUCAGGCGAUGCUGCAAACACCUCAGAAACUGCUUGUGCGACAGUCCAAGACCCCUGAAGACUCUGCCAAAAAGAAAAGAAAGUUUCAAAGGGGCGGUCUUGCUGAGAGGCUGAAUCAACUCCAGUGCAGACAGAGGUCAGCUGUUAGCCUGUGGAGGCAUCAGUCCAUUUCUGACACCUCAUCAACAACAGCGGCAACAGUGGAUAGGCCUGGUGUGCUAAUGCUGGAGGUGCUGGAAGUUCGGAAGGAGUGCAGCAUGCAACUGGCGCUCUGUGAGCCCCACCAGCCUCAUGGAGAGGGCCACCAACACAGCAACUCUGUCCCUGAGGACAGAGCUCGUGUGCUGGUGUUAUUCAACAGAGAGACUGCAGCGCAGCUGAUUCCUGCAUCCAGAGAUAUCAUCCACAUAUACCCGCCAUGGCAAAGACUUUCUAUGGAGGGCUUCACCUAUGAUAUUAUUCUCAACACACACUUCAGCCAGAAGGUGUUCCGUGAUUCCAAACCGGCCACCAUGCCAGUCUCAAGAAGCCUGCUCACAGCAGACAAAUGCAUGCCCUAUUAUUUGGGUAAAAUGUUUGGACUGGUGGAGGUGUGCAGGAACACUGAGGUUGCUGUCCCAAGUACUCUGAGCAGAUUUGGAGGGUGGAGGGAUUUGACAGGACGCUGCCUUUCUCUCCUUGAAGCCAUAGAGGGACUGGGCCAGGCCGGCUCUGUGGGGCAGGACAUAGAGGUGGUGGUCCAGAGGGUUUUCUCCAAUCCUGUGCCUGACUGCUCUGCUGUGUCCAUUGUCAAACCCAGAGUUCCCUCCAGGUCAUCCACAGCUCCUCCUCCUGCGGAGAGAGGGCAAACCAGGCUGUGUGUGCUUGUCCAGGACAGUUGUGGUAUGUUCAGCGUGGUCCAGCUUCACCUCCUGCCCUGCAAGGACGACGUCCUCCAUUAUUGCCAGAAGUGGCAGGGGAAGACUUGUGUCCUGAGAGGCAUUAAAGUGGUUCAGCGGGUCACUCGAGAAAAGCGCACAAGACUUUUCAGCUUGAUUGACAGUCUCUGGCCUCCAGUGCUUCCCCUCAGAGAUCAUGGAAAUACUCCAAGCACAUCCACUGAGAUCAGAGCUGCAGGUCCAGCUCCGAGUUUCUGCUACCUGCUGUCAGGUCAGGAAAGCUCUGUGGAACCCACUGAGGGACAGAGUGUGUCCACGCUGUACGUUGCCCCCGCAAGACAAACCUUACGAGACAUAGUGCAGAGUGAGGUGAAACCUGGUCGCUGCAAUUUUGUCGCUACUGUGAUAUACAAGAAAGUGCAGAGCUGUGAUGUAGGCCAGGGUGAGGUUUGGUUGGUGCUGACAGACCCAAGUCUUCAGGAGGAGCAGCCUGACAGACCGUGCAGGCGAACAGUCACCCUGUGUGUGAGCACUUCCUGUGUGCUCACUUCCUCUAUCCUCGAAGCACUGCACUCCCCCGCUGCAUGUUGCGUGUCAUUCAGAGAUGCCAUCAAGGAACAUGGUGUCCUCCUGUGUGCGGAGCAUUCGGUCAUUGAGGUUUGCUCUGAAGGUAGCCUUCAGUCCACAACUAGGCCGGAGAUACUUUCUCAGUUGUUGACCGAGCCUCGGGCAAAGACCUUGCCCCAACCUGUGAGACUGGAUCCCCUGAGUCUAGAAACCACGCCCAACUCCCUCUGUACUCUCUCAGGGGUGAUAGUUGGCGUAGACGAGGACACGGCUUAUUCCUGGCCUGCCUGCAAUGUCUGUGGAAGCGACAACUUGGAGAUGUCAGCGGAAGGGCAUCAGAACUUCUACUGUGUCACAUGUAAGUUAGUCGUGGACAAGCCGGACACAAAGGUUCAACUGGAAGUAUUUCUCAGUUCGUCGUUAAGCAAUUGCACUUUAAAGGUUAAGCUGCAGAAAAAGACGAUCAUGUCGAUUCUUAACGCUGCAGCACUGGAGGGUAAUGAGUUCCCAGGCUACAAUGUGGAGAAUGUCCUGGGAAAAGAGGUGGGCCCCCUUGCAGUUUACGUCCGUGUCAUCACCAAGAAACCUGCCCCCUGGAUCGGCCUGGAAGAGAUCUGCCUCUAAUGGCUGUCAGGGCAAGUAGCUAAUGAUAUCAAUCCUCAGGCUCCAAGGAUCUGCAUGCACACUAGGCCGUGGUCUGAGCCAGUUUAGUGCACCGCCCCCUUCUGAAGGCCUCUUUGACAGCUUCAGGCUGUUGCUGAAGUCAACAGGCUGCAUGCAAGGAGACAAGGUCUUGUUUGUGUUAAUGAUAUGUGAUCCUGUGCACCAGGAGUUGACAGCCCAAGGGUAGACCAGUGGCAUGCAGUCUGUCAAAGCUGCCCACGUGGUUCAUUAACUUGGAUCUGACUUUCAGGACAACUUUUGAGUUCUGUCUUUCAAGUGUCUUUAAAACCCCUUUUUAGACCAAAUCAUCUACCUCUGUAUUUAAGACACUGUCAAUAAACAUGUUUUUUUGCUGACUUAA